AUGUGGACUGGAAGUAUAUCCCUCCACGCCAAGUGUCACGACACUUCUCGAUUCUACGCUGUCCUUAUUGGCAUCGACGAGUAUGCAUCCUUUCCGCUUAAUGGUUGUGUAUCAGACGUACGAUUGAUGAAGAAGUACUUGACUAAGGACCUCGGCGUGCCCCACGAUCGCAUCCAGCUGCUUCUUGGAUCCGAGGAGCAUAUAUCCCCUGAGGAUCCAAAGUACCCUUCCCGCACCCACAUCAUCGACGCACUUCUCGGCAUCAUUACCAACCCUCAGAUCAAAUCCGGCGACAACAUCAUCAUCUACUACGCCGGACAUGGCUCAUACUACCCACCUCAAAGCAGAAAACCUUUUAGUGUGAACGAAUACAUUGACACGCUAUGCCCCAUCGAUCGCGAUAUCGUUAACAAUGGCAAACCUGUCCCCGAUAUCAGCGACCGUGAAUUCAAUACCAUCCUAACCCUAAUCUCCCGAGUCAAGGGUGAUCACAUCACCGUUAUUCUUGACUGCUGUCACUCUGGUAGCAUCAGUCGAGGUUUGCCUGAGCCGGGAGCACACACUACUUACCCAAUGGCGCAUGCAACCCUUCACGACAUGCUCGUCGCCGGGGAGGAGCGUUUGAAGGAGUAUCCGGGAUAUCGCUCCAUUUUGGAAGAAGGAUGGCUCUCAGAUAUGGACUCCCACGUUGUCUUGGUGGCCUGUAAGAAGCAUCAGUUUGCGAAGGCAAAAGAGGUGGACGGGACGGCUGGCGCUGUGGAGUACAUUGGAAUCUUCACCGACUCGCUUGUGCGCACUCUCCAGUCAGACUGCUACAAGAAGGAAACAACAUACGCUGAUCUGGUUCACUUUUUGGAUAAGACGCCGCACCAGACACCGGUCGUUGCUGGGAAAUGCAAGGACGCGCGUGUCUGGUAUCAGGAAUGA